UAGUGAGUCUGUGAAAGUGUGAGCGACUGCGAGGCGCGAUCAAUUGGCAAACAACCGCAAGCGGAUCAACUGCUCCACACGCCGAAUACCGCCGAAAAUAAAGAUCGGUCUGCCCAUCACCAGCAACGGCAAUAACAACAGUACCAGCAACAACCAGACAUCACGUGCAACAUGUCGCAUCAGUGCAGCUGCGGUCGCGACCUCAACAACAACUACGUCUCCUAUACGAACGCCUACGCCAAUGCGAAUGCCUCGUUGGACCGCGAGGCGUCCACCAGCGGAAAGUCCGGCGGUUCUCCGCGCACCCAGCUGACGGCCAAGGUGAUGUUCGGCACGGUGGGCGCCAUCAAGGAGCUGCGCGACAAGGAGCAGCAGCAGCAGCAGCGACAGGCGGCACGGGCGGGCGAGCGGCGCAACUGAGCGAGGGCUGGGCGGUCCUCGGGGGCGGGGCGGGACGAACGGCCGCCGGAGCGGUCGAGUGCUGUGCUGUGGGUUGUCGGCGGGGGAUCUCUGGCUGAUCGGAAGAAGGAUAUCACGGAGAUUUGGAUUGAACGUAACGAAUUCGCGGAACUCUGAAAAACUGAAUGAUCAUGAAGAAUGGCCGAGGUCCUGCUUUGGAUUUGGAUUAAUCAUGAAGAAUUCACGGAAGGUCCAGGUGAUUUGGUUUCAUCAUAAGAAAUUCCCGAGGUCCUAUGACUCCCUGGUUAAUCCAAGUAGUUCGAAUCGUUUGGGCGUACUGAUGACUCAAACGGGUGAUCUCUGGAUCACGUUAGAGGCUUCAAAGUGUUGGCAGGGGACAGGGCAAUCUGUGUAACGACAUUCCUUCUCAACUAAACUAUCAACUAUCCAAAAAGAGCAGUAAAACCAAGUACAUCACAUAUUUAUUCAACUUUUUGUUUGCCACACUAUCCCUAACUCUCUCUCUACCUUCUGUAAACUCCAGCAGAACUCAAUAUUCAGUGUAAAUUGUUUAUUACAUAUAUUUAUACUACAUAGUGCAAUACUUUAGCUAUACAGAAACACACACACGUAGGCAUAAGUUUGUUUUAUUUUGUAAGUGCACACGCAUACACUCACUCAUUUUACAAUGUUGUUUAAUUUUUGUUUUGUUGUUUACGGGCUCUGCGAGUUUUGGGCUGCGAAUCUGGAGACUUCCAGGUGCUGCUGUAGCUCAAAACGCAAGGCACGUAGCCCACACACACACACCCCCACACACCAUACACACCAUAUAAAUAUAACUACACAUAUGCGUAAUCUUUAAUACCUAUACUACUGUUAUUAUUAAUAAUCAUAUUGUAUGUGCCGCACGGGGAGAGGAAACCUAAACCGAAACCGAAACGGAAAACAAAAACUCAAAAAUGAUUCCUCCAAAUGGGAUGGUGUUUGCUCAAGUGAUUUGUACUAAAAUGGAAGCGAAACGAAUUUAAUCGCAAAUUGAAGCUCAAUUGAAGUGCUGUAAAUGGCGAAUGUUUCGAGAGCGAAUUUAGUUUAGAGAGCGGCGGAGCAUCUACAAUAUAUUUAUUAAACCUAUGGAAUAAUAUUAAAAUGUAUGUCUACUUGUACAUCUAUUUAUAGAGCUAAUCCCAACAAAGGCGAAUAAAAUCGAACUUUUAAUAAACUGAAAACGAAAA